GGAUUUGUGAUCUAAAAUCCACACUCAGAACUCAAGCAUAACGUCCGUCACACAUUAUCACCUCGUCUCUCUAAUCGAAACACUCGCCCGAAAACCCUUAUCGCACCAUGCCAGGGUCUCAUACUCCCAACACGGUUAUUUUUCCUACAUGUCCACUUCCUCAGAACUACUUCGCCGAGAACAGAAGCGAUAUUCUCCUCAUAGUCGCGGUUCUGUUUUUCAUUAUCGAGACCGCAGCUUUUGGUCUUCGGGUUGCAGCUCGAAGAUUAACCUCACGGCCCUAUGGCUGGGACGAUACUUUUACCGUCCUAGCUCUGGUAACGAAUCUUGCAAUUUGUACCUGGCUUUUAGUGAGUUCCUUUUCUAUACAUAAUUUUGGGUGGGGUGAAAUGGCUGGGAAAUACAAGUAUCGGAACGAGGGAUAUAGACAAUAAAGAGGAUGUAAGACGAAAUUGUGAAGACUAAUUAUACGAAAUUUAGUCAUGAUACCUUUAACAGGCAUAG